ACGUCAAUACGUAAGAUGUGAAGGUGAUGAGGUGUUUCAUUACAAAUUUACUUUUUAAAAAUUUUAACAAAUUUUGAUUCUGUUCAUUAAAACUACAGAGCUUCUUCAGAACAGUAAGGAUUCCAAAAAUAUAAUGCUUGUGUCAAAGAAUAAAUGAAAUCAAAGGUUCUAAUGGGCAGUAUCGACUAUGUGCAAAGUUAUUGUAAAUGACAAUGGCAUGUAGGGACAUUGCUAAUAUGCAUUUGUUCCUGGAAAUGAAGCAAAUGUUUCCUGACUUGCCAGAGGAUACGCUUAGAAAUUAUGUCUUUCUGUAUGCAAAAGAAUACGAUAAAUGCGUCAAACUACUUCAACAAGAAAGUCAAAACCAUUUUCACCAAAGUCAACCUUUCACCGACGUCUAUUCUUCUGACACCAAAAGUAAUCACAGAAAAAGUGACACUCUAAAGACAUCAAUUCAUCAACAAAAUUCCCCUUCUUUUGUUCCAGUUACUACUGAUUUAUUUAAUCAAAGCAACAAGAUGCCUAACGAAUCAUCAGCCUUAUAUGAGCGUCAGCAAAGUGAGCUACUCUCUGGUCGGAGUAAAAGCCAUGCUGGUGUUCCUCAUUACCCUUACAUUUCCAAUCUCAAAGUGCCUUUUAAGACUGAUAUUCACUCGGCUCCAGUCAUAGCCAAUCACGAGAAGCCUUUUGUGGAUAUGUAUAAGCAAAAUCAAUCUAGUCAUUCAACUUCGCCCCAGGUUUUUAGUAGCCAAGACUAUCAAAAUCGUAUGAUGUUUUCUACUACAAAAGAACAUACUAUCGAAUCGCCUAUGAUGCCAAAAGCUGAACUGUCCUCUAUUCCGAGCACGAAGCAAUCCAAAAGACAUGCUGUGGAGUUAAGCAUCACACCAUCAUUCCCAUUUCAGCAGCAGCAGAUUAAUGUAGUUAACAAUACUGUUUGUGCCACCGCCUCUCAUUCUUCGAAACCCGGUCGACAUACAACCUCGCUAAACUUUCAGCUCCAACCCCAAUCUUCAGAUCAGUCGCCUAUUGAAAUAUCAACCAUUCCUACUAACAUCCAGGAUCCUUGCAAUUUUCGCGACUUUGGAUCUCACGUUCAGAUUUCUGUUGGAGCUCAAGGUGCCACAUUUACUGCUCUAAGACUUCAAAGGCCACAGUCUGUACCAAAUCAACAAUCAAAGUUUUCUACGCCACUUUCCCCUGAACACAUCUCUUGUUCUACUGCGUCUAGUCAGCCACGUGAUUCCAAAGUGUAUGUGUUUCCUAGUAAAAUUCAGCCAAAUUCUGAAAGUACUGAAAGAAAUAAAUUUAUUAAGUCUAUUAACCAUGGCAUUUCCAAACCUUUUCAAGAUCCAGCCCAUUUGUAUGAUAAAGAUUUUCAGCGCGUACUUAAUACAGAUUCUGAACGGCGUCCUGUGUAUGGUUAUCAACUGUCUCAAGAAUACGUAGAAGCUCUAAAGUUGCAUCAAAAGACUUCCUUAAGCAUAAUUGAAGAUGAACUUGAAAAAGACAAAGUUAUUUGCUCUCAACUGUUGUCAGAAGUUAAUAGGAUGGAACAAGAAAUAAAUGAGCAGCGUUUAAAGAAAAGUUCAUUUUCUUAUGCAGAAGAACUGAAAUUAUUGCGAGAAGAAAAUCGCAAACUAAGAAUUGAGUGCAAUUGCUUACUAAUGGAAGUUGAUAUGUCCAGCAAUACUCCGAUUCCUUUAGGUGUAACUGAUGAAGACUUUUACUCAAACAUUUUCACGGGACCAAAUGGUACUAUUUCUUCUUUGUCACUGCGUAAUGUGCCAAAUUUGAAUUUAAGUUCUAAAAAUGCCAUGCCUGCUCACAAAAAAGAGGAUGAUGAUGAUGACGAAAAAAAUAGAUGGAGAUGUAAAAAGUGCACAUUUGCUAAUUAUCCUGCUUUAGAAAAUUGUGAAAUGUGUGAACUACCUCGAAAUUCAGGUUCUGUUGAACGUAAUUCGAAUUAUUGUUCAACUGCCUAUUUGACCCUUGUGCCCACUUCCAACAAUCCUCCUCGAAGACCGGUGGGUAGCGUUCAAAUAUCUGUCACACGAAGAGCGCCGUCAGCAUCCAAAUCUGUUAAGCUACAACUGACACAUAGGAGACCUAGAUAGCAUUUGUGAUAUCUAGCUAAUCAAAAUAAGCUUGAAGUUGUUUUUAUAAAAGUAUGGGUAUUGGCUUUUACAUUCAGAACUAAAAGGCUUGAAGCUAAUAAGUAGCUUUAAUGCGUGGUUUAACAGCUGUGAUAAUAGAAAAUAUUUUUUAUGCUUUUGACACUUUGUUAUUCAUUCAAAGUUUUUUUGUUGAUUGUGUGUGCUUUUCUUUUCCCCCCGUUUCAUUAGACAUAUUUAAUGUUCUGUAAAGAUUUUAAAUGGGAGAAAUUUUAUGUUCUUCUUUAAUGUGUCAAGAUGAUUAAACUAUUUUUUAAGCAAAACAGAAGCGCAUCCUUCACAAUUAAUCUUAUCAUGAAAGAAUUCUUAUUUAUUCUAUUUAGUUAAGUAUAAUCUUUGUAUAUUGUUACUCACAAAAGAGAGAUCAAAUUUGGUAUGUUAUGAGAAAUUCAUGUAGUGAUCAAUAUUCUUUUAAAUAUGUAUUUUCACAUGUUGGUUAAUCUUAAACCUUUCAGACACAAUUAUGAAGUACUUAACCAAAAGCAUUUUUAUUUGUUUGACUGUGUACUACAAUGAAGAGUUAUAUACAAAAUUUCCAGUUUAUAGAUAAAAACUGAAAGAGUUAUGAUGUGCCCAAUAUUCCGGACAUACAUUUUUAAAAUACAUAUUUCAGAUUAAAAAAACGAUGAAAGAUGAAACAAACUUCAUCGUAAAAUGUCCUUCAAGCAAUAUUAAAACAUAAUAUAAGGAUAAGCUUUCGAAGUGAUUAAUAAAACAUUAUAUAUUUUCCAAAAAAUCAGACAAAAAACCUCGCCUUUACGAUGAGAGCCCAUGGUUGGAAAAAUGAGCCACUCUCAAUCUCUCAGCUCCUAUUUGUUAGUGUUGCCAACCCCAAAAUGAAAAAUUCUUGCUCAGAUAAUAAUAAGCUGAAUGUAAAGGGUUAACUACAAAAAUGAUCAAGUAAUUUAAUCAGUUAUUAAAUGAUAAGCAGCUGUUUAAAGCUUGUGUUCGGUCUACCAGACACCACGUCUGAAAUCUAAUUUUUUCAAAAGUUAAAUUGUUUCUGAGAAACUACAUGUUCCAUGCUUUGUAGAAAAUUUGGCUGAAGUUUUUAUUAUUUGAAUGUUUUUCAACCAAUGGGUAAGGUAAUAAUGUAAGUUUUCAGAACAUAUUUGUAUCCUUUUGUUGCUGAAGUUAAUCCAUGUUGUAUUUUUAACAUUUCUCUGUAUCAUAAAUACAAGCAACAGAAUUCUCAUG